GUUCACUACCACUUAUUCAUUCAUAGUUGAAUUACAAUAUGUUGCUCUCUGCAACCUCGCUUUUACUCCUCACGGUACCUGCUUUCGGGCAGACCCUUAAUGCCUGGAGACAGAACGUCUACGGAGAAGGAUGCUGCGGCUAUGCUGUAGACGGGAAUGUAACAACUUCCGAUGAAGUUGUCUCUUUACCAAAUACUCUUUCUCUUCUCUUCAACUUUAAAGCUGGAUAUAUCGGUUUUUAUGUUCAGUCCUCCGGUGCUUACAUUACCGACUACUAUGUUGAAGCUCUUGAGAGUACGACGUUCAAAGAUAUUAUUGUUGGAAAGGUUUCCAACGCUACAUCCAACUUUACUGUUGUCAAUUUUUACGACUCUGUUGGCGAAGCCGGAAUCUUUACAGAUACAAUGUCUUUCCAUGUUACUGGAGUAUCUGGUGGAAACAGUACCGCAUUUGUCAACGAGAUAUAUCCCAUCUACCCAGGCGACACAAUUGUAUACCCCUCCGGACAAUCCGCCCAACCCUCCCCAACCCAAACUACAACUGCAAUCCCAACACCAACACCAACCACAACCGUCUAUCCCACACCCACAGCUCCAGGUAUAACCCUCAACGCCUGGCCCACCAUCUCCGCCACCAAGCCCGUCGUUCAAGACAACGCAGGCACAUACGUCGAUGGUAAUCCAUCCACCGGCUUAAUCUCCUCGCGUUAUUUCCUCCUUUUCAAUACCGCUAGCACAUACGAAGGAUUCUACAUCUUAUCCCAAUCACCCAAUUAUAUCACCGAUUACCAUGUCAUUGCGCAAAAUCCUAUCACGUAUGCAAACGUUGAAGUCUGUCGCAUCACAAAUGCUACGUCAAAUUUCACUCUUUGUGCAUUUAAGGAUGAGGAUGGAAAUCCAGGGUUUAGGAGUGCAACGAUGUUCAUCUAUCAAGAUGGUGCGGAGGAUGGGAAACUUAACGAUGUUUAUCCUAUUUGGCCGGGUGAUGUAAUUGUCGACCCCAAUGCUUGAUUUGGGUAUGAGUUACGAUAUGUUAAUGUUAAUGAGUAUCUUUGACUAGAGAGAAACUGUCUUAGAUUUUUGUAGGAGGAUCCUAGGAAGGAGGGAAUCUAAGUUUCAGAUAUUUCCGGCCCAUAAAAAUUAAUGAAUAAUGUCAGCUAUCAAGAAUUACUUACA